AUGUUUAGCUUGCCUCCAUUUAAAAUUCUCAGCAAAUGUACAAUAACUAAGAUGAUGAGUCUUUCUCAGUGGAGUUUAUUGAAACAUCCAAAAGAGUGCUGUGAGAAAUCAAUAGAUUCGAACACGCCCAACUCAAAGAACGCUACUGUGUCGCUACUGGGGGCAAGUGUACUGCCUAACCGGACAUCUUUGUCUAACUGGUUUAUUAUUCCUUCAACAAUAGUUGAUAAAAUCCACCCAACAAGAGUAUAUCAACUGCUAUUCUGUGAAAUAUGGCAACUGGAAUUAUUCGUCUCAAAGAUAGGCUUAGUUGCAGGCUUUGGCUAUCUGUCAGUUGCUGAAGGUAUAUGGGGUACAGCAGACAGAAACGUAGACACUAUUGUUAAAGUCAAAGAAGUGGUACCACGUUUAUUUUAUUUUGUCAAUCAAUUUCCAGAGGAUAUGCGGGGAACAUGGAAUGAAAAUGUGAAGAAUUUCUUCGCCUGGGCGAACAGUAGUCAUUGUAGCAAUUGCAACCUGAAAAAAUAUUUUAGUUCUUUUGGAUUGUUUGGGAAAAAGUCCUAA